GUUUGAAGUCGUCACUACACUAUGUGCAUCGAAUCAUAAUUACGUUUACAGUCUCUGGUGUCAACAGCCGCGUACAAGAAACGUGGGCAGGAACUCUUUCAAAACAAACGAAUGGAUACCGGAAAGCUCAUUGCCCACCCGAGUGUUCGAGUCAGAGGAUCCGAACACAGUUUCGAACCUGUCGAAUGCGCCAGCGAAAAGUGCGUGGCUCAGCCGGUGCCUCAUCUGCACUGUCCGUUCUGCAGCAAGAAUUCCGUGUUUAAGGAUGCACGUAUUGUCAAAGCGCACUACAGGGUCAAGCAUGUCGACAAAGGAUUGUACUUCGCUGGGUUAAAAAUGCUGCGAUGCUCUGCUACUUGCAGAAUAUCGGGGAGCAUUAAGGGUGAAAAAAAGUUCAGAGGGCCCCACUGGCACUGCUAUAAAUGCAGGAAUGGUUUUUGCAGACGUGAUGAAGCAAUGAAGCAUUUCGAGACGCAUUUCAAGUUGCCACAGACAACAUUUCAGAUUAACAUAGUUCAGGAUGUUAACGAAGGAAUGGGACUUCAGUCACGUCUAGACAGCAGUUCGGUUGAACAUUCAGAAUGUCAGAUGUCCUCUGCAUCUGAUAUUAGUACAGAUAUGGACUCAAAUACAGCAGUUGCUGUGACAGUCGAUAUGACUGAAGAGCCAUCAGAAAAUCCAGGAUCCCCAAAUACUGAAGAAGAACCAACAACAGUCAUGAUCAUUCAGGAGGAUGACACCAGGUCACUAUCAUCAGAUCCAGGCUGCAUUAUGAAGACCCGUGAAGAAGACCUUUCAGAAAAAAAUAUCUUCCUUGAAAAACUCUUGGCUGAAUUUAAGCAGCAAAUGGACAACCUGAAAGCAAAGUAUACACGCACUGAGAACAUGCUCCAGCUAGAAAUCAUUUCCUUACGCCGCCAGCUGGAAAAGAAGAAUGCUGAACUUGAGAAUUUGAAGAAGCAGCAGACAGAAUUGCUCUCUACCAAGACACCCCAGUUGAACAGCUCUCUUCAGAAGCUGCUCAAAGCCAUGCAGAAUCAACAUUCUGAACUACUCAUGCAGCAUAUAGCCCAAGCACGAAAUGAAGCCUUUCAGAGCGCACUGAAUGAGCUUCAGAAUGGUACAACAAUAUUAACAGUGGAGAACAGUAGCACCACCUUUCUCCAACAAGAAAACAACUCAAUGGUUGCCAUGGUCCUCAACAGCUCUGGUACUCUUGGAAUCCCCGUGUCCCUGGCCACGAACAGCAGUCCUUCAGUCGUGUGCCCUCCAGCAAAGACUCUGCUGCACAAACUGGGAACAACAGGAAUGCCAGUAAUGAUUUCUGGUCAGCAGGCGUUUGUUCAUCCUCAGCCUAGAACUGUUCAGCAAACGGUUGGCAGUCAGAACCUUGUGCUCACUCUAGCUGACACCAGUGAAGUGUCUCAAGAUCUUAUCUCCAGUGCACAGCAAGGAAGCACUGUAGUUGCUUGCACAGACCUGCAAUAUCAGUUGCCUGCGGUAACAUCUGAUAGCAAAGAUGAACAAGAAGCUCCUGAAGAAUGUACAUCUUGAUGCACAGACUAUGUGCAGCCUCCAUCACUUCAGGAAGCCUGAUCUGUAUUUGUUUUACAUGCAGCCUGCUCAUUUUUGUGGUACCUAAGCUUGUACUGAUGCUGUAGACACAGCUUUAGGAUGUCUCAUGUUUUGUUUGUUUUUUUUUCAAGCUUCUUGGCCUUUUAGAGGGCACACAUCAUCAAUCUUUUAUGUGGAAUGAACUGCCACACUUCUGAGCUGUGACUAUGCAGUCUUAAAUAUACAGGUUGUUUCACAUAACUAGAUCCAGCUGUUACGCAAUAUCUGAAGAUUGCAGCCGGAUGAUACCAAUAGCGUAGUAUUGGCAGUAGUUACUGAAAAUGUUUAAUUAUUCAUUAGAGGGUGCUAUAAUAAUUGCAAAAGUUGUGGAGUACAUUUAAAAACAAUCCAGCUAUUUUCAGCAAAUUACUGGCCAUGUAACUCAUUUUUUCAGGCUCUAAGCAAAGCCCAUAAAAUGUGGAGAAAAAAAAUUAGAACUGCACAUGCGCUCCUGGACCAAAGAACUGCCCUCAGGCGUGUCUCUAACAAAUGAAAGUGGUGUAUAUUUAUGCAGCAUAACAAAAUACUCAGAGAUGACCUGGUUAGACCUUUUCUUGUGGGGCUACAUCAAGGAUCGUGUGUGCAAUGCAAAACCAACAACACCAGGCGCUCUAAAGGCAAAGAUUGCUCAGGUUUCCUGCGACAUUCCAGAAAUUGUGCCAAGGAAAGUGACCAAAAAUGUUAUUACACACUGUCAGUACUGCAUAGCUGUGGAUGGAGGUUUAUUUGAGCAUCUAUUCUGAAAGGGAGGGUGUGGCCACAAGCAGUUAUGGAACUUUUUAAUUCAUUAUUGUUUCAAGACAGAAUAAAACUAAAAGUCACCUCUUUGCCAUUUCAAUUUUUCACACCACUUUUGAUAUUACACGGUACAUUCCAGCUUUCCAUCUUUGGAAUGACUUUGGCAGCCCGACAUGCCCCUUUCUGAUAAGUGAUACGGGCUACCGAGCGAAUAGUGCAAGUGUCAGCUUUUCGCUUGCUUCCCACAUAAAACACCAGUUUAGUUUGUUUGAAACACACCUGAGAGCACUUCAGUCUAAGUUCGCAAGUGCAUGGUCUCAUUGGCAUAGCCGGGAGGGGGGAGGAAUGGUUUGAGGGGUCGAAACCCCCCCCCCCCCCCCUUGAAAAAAUUUUUCUGACAAAACCCCUUUCCCAUGGAACCGAAAGUUUCGGGAGGUGGGCUCUGAAAGAGCGACAUGAAUGAAAGGGAAAGCUUGAAUGAAAAAGUAAGGCGAGGGCUAGUGGCUGUCCGAAGGGGGAGGACGGAGUUGUCAUUUCACCGUACCUAGAACUUAAGUUUAUCCAGUUUUCCCGCAACCGGUGUCGUGUCUAUAGUAGUAGCGUUUCCUGGCCUUCUCACGUCGCCUUUUGCCUAUCCUAUUCAGAGUUUCAACGAGCUCUGCAGACAGCGUCUUCUCACGCGGCACCCCCCUGCGUCCGACGAAUCCCUUGCGAGCAUGACUGCGGCUCCCCAGAUGGACUCCCUGCUUUGCCAGAUGAAAGAGUUCGUCCGUGCUGAGGUCGCUCGUCAGCUUUUACUGCUGUCCUCAGCCACGCCACCACCUUCGCUUUUGCCGGCCAACCUUCACCAGGUGAUCCACGAGCAAGUUUGUGCAGCUCUCCCUUCUGCCCGAGAGACUCCACUGGUGCCGACUCCCGUUGCUUUUCCCGAGGUUACUACACCUCUCAGCUAUGCCGAGGCUCUAGCGCGGCCACCACCUCCGACCUUUGCGCCAUCCCCAUCAGUCGUGCCACUGCGUCCAGUUCCUCACUUCGUUCAGCCACGGUACCCACACAGCAGUGCACAAUGGCGCACUCCUGACAACCGGUCAAUAUGUUUUGCAUGUGGUCUACCUGGCCACGUUGCACGAUUUUGUCGUCGCCGUGCAACAUCCUACCGCCGUAGCUUCGACACCGAACCAUAUGUUUCCCCAUACCCGUCAUCCUCCACGUCUCAGAACCCUGGCCAGAUGUCUUCCUACUCGGACCACUGCCCUCUUGUUGACUGCCGUUCGCCAUCGCCUGGACGCCGCUCGCUUUCGCCAGUGCGUUGUCGUCCUUCUAUGCCGGAAUGGGAAAACUAAUCGUCGCAGUUCCAGAGGCAAGAACUGCAUCACCCACGAACAGACCAAGGCCUCUCCCUUCUCCAACUAAUGUUAUUGAUAUAUAUGUGGACGGCGUCGCUGCACUCGCCCUCGUUGACACUGUUGCCGCAGUUUCAGUUAUUAGUGCCAAACUUUGCUGUUUGCUCAGAAAAGUUACGAUGCCACUGUCAAACGUGUCACUUCGUACUGCCAGCGCAGACCGCAUCACGCCUGCAGCUGCGUGUACUGCUCGCGUUGUGAUCAACAGCCUCCUCUACAUCGUUGAAGUUUUGGUGCAGUAUUCUUGUUCCCACAAUUUUAUUCUGGGCUGGGACUUCCUUUCCACUAAUAAGGCCGUCAUUGACUGUUCUCGUGCUGAAGUGGAAUUUCAAAUGCUGUGUCAUGCCCCACUCCUUGACGCUCGUGAACUUGAAGCUAAAGUAUUUGUUGCCGAAGACGUUACCAUUCCACCGCACUCAUCUGCCCUUGCCACAGUGUCAUGCAACAUUGUUGCUGAUGUCAGCGCACCUUUUACACCAUCUGCAAUUUUCGCUCGUCGCAAAUGUUCCCUGCUGCCUUUCGCUCUUUUGGACGUUCAUGCCGGCGUCAGCAGUCUGCUCGUCGCCAACCGAUUGUCCUGUCCUCUCACUUUGCUUUGUGGGGAAUGCAUUGGCCGUGCCCAGUGUGUCGACCCUGCUGCCAUCAUUGACAUGCCAACUGGUUCCAUCGCCACUCAUGAGGUCGCCGGAGUGACCUGUAACCCCGCGCAGGAGCCGACUUCGUCUGAUGUUUUACAUAGCUCCAUCGCCGACACAUUGACUGUUUCUCAACGCGCCCAACUUCUAUGUCUUCUUGACAAGUUCCGUUCGUCUUUCAACUGCCAGCAUGUUCCCUUGGGCCGCACGUCAACUGUUUGUUAUCGCAUCGACACGGGUACCAGUGCACCAUUGCGACAAAGACCAUAUUGUGUAUCUGCGACAGAGUGCCGUGUUAUCGACGACCAAGUAGCUGACAUGCUCAAGCAUGGCGCCAUUCAGCCUUCGGAUAGCCCCUGGGCAUCUCCUGUUGUUCUUGUUAAGAAGAAGGAUGUAUCGAUUCGAUUCUGUGUCGAUUACCGUCAUCUUAACAAAAUGACUUGAAAAGAUGUUUACCCUCUUCCGAGAAUUGACGACACCCUUGACUGUCUCCAAGGCGCUUCUUCUCUUCUAUCGACUUACGCAGCGGCUAUUGGCAAGUCCCCAUGGCACCCGAAGACCAACCUAAAAUGGCCUUUGUUACACCAGAUGGCCUAUAUGAAUUUCGUGUCAUGCCUUUUGGGCUUUGCAACGCCCUCGCAACAUUUGAGCAUAUGAUAGACAACCUUUUGCGUGGUGCCAAGUGGAAAACGUGCCUGUGCUACUUAGAUGAUGUAUUUAUUUUUAUCCCGAUUUUCCCACCCAUCUCUGUAGGCUGGAGGAAGUGUUACAGUGCCUAACUGCCGCCGGCCUUCAGCUCAACCUGAAGAAAUGCCACUUUGGCGCAAAUUAGCUCACCAUCCUUAGCCAUGUAGGAUCUAAACACUGUAUUCUUCCUGACGCCGCCAAGCUCCGUGCAAUUGCUGAUUUUCCCAAACCUUCCUCCAUAACAAAACUUCGCAACUUCCUUGGCCUGUGUUCUUACUUUCGCUGCUUCAUUCGGAAUUUCGCGUCCAUCACCGCUCCCUUGAAUCAGCGUCUAUGGAGUGACUCAGAACGAUUACGCCUGGUCGUCCACUUGUGACGAUGCCUUCCAAGAGUUGGGUUGUCUACUGACCUCGCUGCCUAUACUGCGUCACUUCGACCCGACAGCUCCAACUGAAGUACACACCGACGCCAGCGGUGUUGGACUCGGUGCUGUGCUCGCGCAGCGCAAAUCUUGAUCCGACGAGUACGUCGUUGCAUACGCCAGCCGCACCCUCACCAAAGCCGAGAAGAAUUAUUCCGGUAUGUAGAAGGAAUGUUUGGUCAUAAUCUGGGCACUUGGUAAAUUUCGACCCUACCUCUAUGGCCGCCCCUUCGACGUGAUUACAGACCACCAUGCACUUUGUUGGCUGUCCACGUUGAAGGACCCCUCAAGUCGAUUAGCUCGCUGGGCUUUGCGGUUGCAAGAUUUCAACGUGCGCAUUCUCUACAGGUCUGGCUGCCGCCACACCGAUGCCGACGCGCUUUCCCGUUCACCCAUGUCAGCCGAAAGCGAUGCCUGCCUCUCUGCCGUUGACCAAGUACUUUCGUUCCCAGCAGGCUGCGACAUGGCUUCGGAGCAACGCAAGGACGCCUGGAUUAGUGCUCUUAUCCGCUUCCUUCCAAACCCGUCGACUGUUCCUUCACCUUCUCGAGCUUUGCACCGUCAAGCAUCUCACUUUGAAAUUCGGGAUGGACUUCUCUAUCGCCGGAAUUACGUCUCUGACGUCCGCAAGUGGUUGCUGGUCAUACCGCGACAUCUUCGUGGUGAAAUAUGCUCUGCCUUCCAUACUGACUCGCAGUGUGACCCGCAGUGUGCACAUGCGGGUGUCUUCAAGACGUACACCCGGCUUUGCUCCAGGUUUUAUUGGCGUGGCAUGUACACCUUUGUGUGCAAGUACAUUCAGUCGUGCCCUCAGUGCCAACGCCGCAAGGUUCCUGCUCAGCAUGUCUCUGGUCCACUCCAGCCAAUCCCGUGUCCUGCCAUGCCCUUCGAUCAUAUUGGCAUUGACCUGUAUGGACCACUUCCGAGCACGGCUUCCGGAAACCACUGGAUAGUCGUCGCCAUCGACCAUUUGACGCGAUACGCAGAAACAGCUGCUCUGCCUGCUGCCACCGCUCGUGAUAUAGCAUCCUUCCUCCUGAAAAACUUCAUUUUCCGUCACGGUGCACCUCGCGAGCUUUUCAGUGAUAGAGGACGUGUCUUCCUCUCCAAAGUCGUAAACACGCUCCUUGCUGAAUGUCACAUCAUUCAUCGCACCACCACCGCCUACCAUCCUCAAACUAAUGGUCUGAAGGAAAGAUUUAACUGCACCCUUGGCGACAUGCUCUCCAAAUAAGUCGCCUCUGAUCACACUGAUUGGGACCUCAUUUUGCCAUUCAUCACGUUCGCCUAUAACACUGCACCACAGGCGACCACAAACUUCUCCCCAUUUCCUCUUGUAUGGCCGCAAACCUUUGACUACCCUUGACACCAUUCUUCUGUACAGAGCCGACUCAUCCGAAUGUACACCCAUCUCUGAAGCUGCCCGCCGCGCAGAGGAAUGCCGUCAGCUCGCCCGUUCUUUUACAGCCGUCGACCAAUGGCAGCAAAAAUCUCGACGUGACGAUGAUCCCCCGCAUUGUCACUUUCUUCCGGACUCCCUUUUGUGGCUUUGGGUUCCUGCCGUUCCUGCUGGACUCUCAUCCAAGCUUGUCUCCAAAUAUCAAGUACCCUACCAUGUUGUAGCGCAGACAUCGCCUGUGAACUAUAUUGUCGAGCCUGUCAUGCCACCUACGGACCAACGCUGUCGUGGUCGUGAAACCGUCCACAUACAAUGCCUGAAGCCGUAUUACGACCUCAUGAUUCUAUGUUCACCAUGAGUCGCCAGGAUGGCUCCUUUUCCUAUGGGGGGCAAUUGUAGUGAAGAGGAAUGCCCGGCGCUGCAGCCACAUGGCCAGUCAUCCGGGAGGCACGAGCUCAAGCUUGCCUGAGCUGCACUAAUUGAGACACGCUGCCUGCUGCUCUCUUGUACUGUAUUCUUAUUAGAAUAUAUAUGUGUGUGUGUGUGUGUUUGUUUGUGUGUGUGUGUGUGUGUGUGUGCGUGUGUGUGCGUGUGUGUAGUGAGAGAGAGACACACAGACAGAGAGAGAGAGAGGAAGGUGAAGGAGGUGGGAAGGAGUGGUAGUAGUUGUUGGAGCCUCCCCCCCGAAUAAAUUUCUGGCUAUGCCACUGCAUGGUAUCAUUAUAUUUUCUUUGAUAUUUCACAUGCUUUUACAAUCCUCAAAUUUAGAAACGUAAUUAUUGUAACUAAUCAAAAGACUCACCUGAUAACAAUUAUUUUUAGCAUGUCAGGAUGACUGCCAUUAAUGUGUAGAUGGUGUUAUCCAACUGCAAUCUUCCCCUUUUUAAUUCUUUUUUUGUUCUAGUUACAUGAAACUCUCUAUAUGUGACUGCUUACUACAAGGUGUUUUCUGUUUGUUACUUGCGUGCUGUAAGUUCUCUUGCGAGUCUUGCUCAGUCACCUGUGCCCAUGUACCACUUCGGUGGGGUAUGCACUCCAUAAUUAAAAUGCUGCCAUGAUCACUGUA